CUACACACUGCAUCAGUUAGGGUUAAAAUAAUUGUUGCCAGCUGAAACAUAUUAAUCACUGCAAUAAUGAUCCAGUCAGGCUCUUAAAUAUAUAGUGUUGUUAUUAUUAUUAUUAUUGGCCAGGCAGUGUAUUUUACGAAAUAUAUUCACAGCUGUGGAAAAUCGGAACUAAUAUGAUGAUCCACGUUUCUCGGGGAAUACAGUAAGACGGACCGCACAAUUGAAGAGAAAUAAAUAACCCAAAAUAACGAGUCCUUACCGGUGCACACACAAAUGUCAAUGUUUUCUCGGAAGUUCUGUUGCAGUGAGAGUUUUUCCAGCAUCUCCAUUCUCUUUUUGAAGUCUUUUAAGUGUUUUCUGCUCUCCUCGUCUCAACGCCACUGUGUGCGCACUGUCACUCUUCCAGUGAGCGCACACAACACGAAGCUUGCAGCUAAGUGUAAAUCUAAACAUCAGAGGCAGGUUUGCAAGUCUGUACUUCAACAUUUCGAUGCACAGUACAGUGAAGAGCUUGGAGAGCAGUGGCAAAGCGCAAGGGAUGUGCUACUGAAUCCACACUUGUGGCAAUAUGGUGUCCUGCUUAAUCGCUUCAGUGACCUUACAAACCUCCAGCAGGGCCUCACAGCACUAGGAUACACAAGCCUCCUUCCACAGGUACAUCCUGAAUCCCAGUCCCAUAGAGCACAUGUUCCCCUGCAGUGUUUUAUUCACCGAGAUCCAGUGCGUCUUCCAAACCAAGGGCACCAUCCGGGCUGGCUUAAACAGUACUACCUCCUGAAUGCAGCCUCCCUUCUCCCAGUACUGUCCCUGGAUGUGAGGGAAGGAGAAAAGGUGCUUGACCUUUGUGCGGCUCCUGGGGGCAAAAGUCUGGCCAUACUACAGACAGCCACUCCUGGGCUCCUGCACUGCAAUGAGGUGAAUGAACACAGACACAGUUGGCUAUUGAAGACUCUUGAGUCAUAUGUUCCUCCUACACUACGACACCUGCUUUCAGUGACCCAUCUGGAUGGCAGGAGCAUCGGGAGCACACAGCCAGGGGUUUACGACAAGGUGCUUGUAGAUACCCCAUGCUCUAAUGACCGGAGUUGGCUUUAUACCCCUGAUAUCCACCAAGGGGAAAUGUGGCUAAAGGAAAAAGCUCAACUUCCAUUCUUACAGAAAGAACUGCUCUGCUCAGCCCUAGCAGCAGUGCGUCCUGGAGGACUGGUUGUCUACUCCACGUGCACCAUGUCACUUGCAGAGAACCAAUCAGUUGUGGAGGCUGUCCUUGCUUCCUAUCAAGGGGUGGAGCUUCUGGAUCUUGAGCACAAGUUAAUUGACUCACUAUCUGAUAAUUUCAACUAUGCCAACCUCCAUCCAUCAGUGGGACAAUUAGUGAUUCCGCAAAAGGGUAAAACUUGGGGACCCAUGUAUGUUUCUAGACUGAAGAGAAUAUAUUAAAAACUCACAUUGGUCCGAGCCAUGGUAGAAAGUGUGUUCUUAAAAGAGAUGUAGUGCUCUAGUUGGAAGUUCAAGUCCUGAUUUCAACAGAACUCGGUAAUGGGCCUGUCACGAUAACUACAUUUGUUGGACGAUAUGUUGUCCCAGAAAUAAUUGCGAUAAACGAUAUUAUAUUUAUUUAUUUAUUUAUUUAUUUUUCUCACCUUUUUCUCCCCAAUUUGGAAUGCCCAAUUCCCAGUGCGCUCUAAGUCCUCACUUGAAAAUGUUCUCACUAAUAUAGUGAAACUUGUAGAAAACCCACUAGUGAGUACAUUUUAGGUGGUCCUCACUGCUAAAAAAGGCUCAUAUAUCAGCCAAAUCAUGUUUAACUUUAAAUCUACAUAUAUGCACAGGUUUCUGCAAGGGUUAGGUUUAGGGGUAGGGCUCGGGGAUAGAAUAUAUCUUUAGCCUGCUAUGAAAUCAAUGGAGUUUUGAGGAGCUUUGCUGUUGACAUCAUUUGAGGUCAAUUACAAAUUUUUGUCUAAUAAAAUUUUAAAACACU